UUACCCGUGCUGGUGUGUGGCGAUACAAAACCGCGUGCUAUCCCGUCUUGAACCGAUCCAUUAUUAACUUGUUUUCCGUGCAAUCCAGUACAAUGAAAUUAAUGCAAAAAGAUAAAGCCGGUGCCACUGGUAAAGAGACGAAAAAUUUGAAAAAGAAACUGAAACCGGGAAGGAAACAGAAAGGUAAACAAAAGCCGAAACCCAAAGACUCAGACGAGUCGGAGGAUGAAGGUAAACCGCUAAAGGAAACACGCAUCUCUGAUGAGCCGAUUCCAAGAAAGAGCAAAUGGACCAACAAACAGCGUGUUUUGGUACUGUGCGCUCGAGGCAUCAACCAUCGGGACCGCCACUUGAUGCGAGAUUUAAGAACGCUAAUGCCACACCAUCGCGCAGAACCGAAGAUGGAACGCUGGAAGACACUGCAUGUGGUGAACGAAAUGAGCGAGAUGAAGCACUGUAACAAGGUGAUGCUGUUUGAAGGUCGCCGCAAGCUUGAUCUGUACAUGUGGCUGGCCAACGUUAGUGUAGGUCCCACGGUGAAAUUUCUCAUCGAAAAUAUCCACACAAUGGGCGAGAUGAAACUCACCGGCAACUGUUUGCGCGGUUCGCGCCCACUGCUUUCCUUUAGCGAAGAGUUCACCAAGCAUGCGCAUCUGCUACUGAUUAAGGAACUGUUGGUGCAGAUUUUCGGCGUACCGAAUCACCAUCCGAAGAGUCAACCCUUUGUUGAUCGCGUGAUCAGUUUCACCUACCUAGAUAAUCGAAUCUGGUACCGGCACUUCCAGAUCCUUUCGGAAGACGGUGGUUUGACGGAGGUUGGGCCACGAUUUGUGAUGAAUCCCAUCAAAAUAUUUAGCGGCUCGUUCGGCGGCGACCCAAUCUGGGAGAAUGCCAACUAUCAAAGCCCAGCCAAGCACCGGCAGAUGCUGCGCAAGGCCGCAAGCGAUAAAUAUUUGCAAAAGACCAAACAAAAGGUCAACCGCGAGGUGAACGCACCGAAGGACACCCAUAAGCUAACGCCGUAUGGCGAUAUCUUCAAGGAUAGUGUAGAGACACGCGUAAAGGAAGUGCUGAAGCAAGAGAAACGACAACCGAAGGAGAAUAAGGAACGUGAACGGAUCGAAAAGAGACAGAAGCUUAUGAAGGAUCGGGACGCGAUGCGGAAGCUGAAACUAGCCACCGGUAAGGCAGCGACUGCUAAGAAAGUCAACGCGAGAAAUGCAAUGCGCAACGGAAGGGAUGCACCUAAGAAGGCGAGCAAGGGUGUGAAAAAAGGGAUUCAGGAAUACGGUGGCAAAAAGAAGACCAACAAAAAAGGCAGCGAUGUAUAAAUGUAACUAUACACAAUUAUAAACACAUCGCAAAGAUUCAAUAAAGCGUACAAAAUAUUGUACAAAAA